CACAUGUUUCUCUGGGUCUGGGAAGGGAGAUGGCGGCCGCUUCGAAGAGAGGCGGUCCGGCGGUCGGCAUCGACCUUGGUACGACUUACUCCUGCGUGGCCGUGUGGCGGCGCGACUGCGGCGAGGUCAUCGCCAACGACCAGGGCAAUCGCCUCACGCCGUCCUGCGUCGCCUUCAACAGCACCGACAGGCUCGUCGGCGAAGCGGCCGUGAACCAGGCCGCCCUAAACCCCACCAACACCAUCUUCGAGGUGAAACGACUGAUUGGCCGCCGUUUCAGUGAUGAGUCUGUACAAGAAGAUAUCAAGUUGUGGCCUUUCAAAGUUGUCGCUGGUCCUGAGGACCACCCAAUGAUUGUGGUGCAGUUCAAAGGUGAGGAGAAGAAGUUCUUUCCUGAAGAGAUCUCCUCCAUGGUGCUGGCCAAAAUGAGGGAGACAGCCGAAGUCUACCUUGGUACCACGAUCAAGAACGCAGUCAUCACUGUUCCUGUCUACUUCAACAACUCUCAGCGCCAGGCCACAAUAGAUGCAGGCACCAUUGCUGGCCUAAAUGUCAUGCGCAUCAUCAAUGAGCCUACUGCUGCCGCCAUUGCGUAUGGUCUAGAUAAGAUGUCCGUCAGCAGCAAAGGGAGGACUGCGUACGGUCUAGACAAGAUGCCUGUCAGCAGCAAAGGGAGGACGGUGCUCGUUUUCGACCUUGGUGGUGGCACCUUCGACGUCUCCCUCCUCAGCAUUGACCCAGGCAUCGACAUUGGCAUGGGUCUGUUCGAGGUGAAGGCCGUCGCCGGUGACAGUCACCUUGGUGGGGCGGAUUUUGGUAAUGAGAUGGUGAGAUUCUGUCUCCGUGACUUCAUAAGGAAACACAGGAAGGUGGGCAUCCGAAGCGACCAGAGGGCACUUCGGCGGCUCAAGUCUGCCUGCGAAAGGGCAAAGAGGAUGUUGUCUUCUAUGCCAGAGACCACUAUUGAGGUCGACUCGCUUCAUGAUGGCAUCGACUUCAGUGUCUCCAUCACCCGGUCUCGAUUUGAGGAGCUCAACAAAAACAUUUUCAAUAGGUUCAUGGAGACCGUGGAGAAGUGCCUCUUCGAUGCCAAGGUGCACAAGAGCAGCGUCAACGACGUCGUCCUCGUCGGUGGCUCUACUCGUAUCCCCAAGGUGCAGAGCAUGCUUCGGGACUUCUUUGGAGGGAAGGAGCUGUGUUGUAGCAUCAAUCCUGAUGAAGCCGUUGCGUACGGCGCAGCUAUUCAGGCCUCCAUCCUCAGCGGUGAAAUCCGCGAUGGGGUGGUGGGUGAUAUGCUUCUGCUCGACGUCAUUCCACUCUCGCUUGGGGUAGAGACCAGGACUGAUCAUACAAUGAACGUCCUGAUCCCCAGGAACACUGCCAUCCCGACCAAGAAAGUGGGGGUCUUCACCACCUAUUAUGACAACCAGGUCAGCGUCGGCAUAAAGGUGUACGAGGGUGAGAGCGCUAGCACCACGGGUAACAACCUGCUUGGCGAGUUCGUGCUCUCCGGCAUCCUACCGGCGCCCAAGGGCAUAGCUGUUAUCGAUGUCACCUUCGACAUUGACGCAAAUGGCGUCCUGAACGUGUCGGCGAAGGACAGAACCACCGGGCGGAAGAACAUCACCAUCACUAACCACAGCGGACGGCUGAGCAAGGAGGAAAUCUUGCGCAUGGUGCAAGAGGCAGAGAUGUACAAGAGGAAGGGGAUCAAAUUAAGGCUCGAGUAAGUAACUCGAUCGUCCUGUUACUGCAAUGGAUGACUGUUUGGUGACUUCUGCUCGGCAUAUGUAUGGCCGUAGCCUACCUUACGCUUUCUUUGUUUCUGGAACCAUGGUGAUAUUGGAGUAAUCUUCUA